AAAAGUCUGAUAUCCUACAAGGUGUACAAGAUCAGAAGACAGAGAUUCCCACAAGGUGCACAGGUCCUGAAAACUAGGGGGUCCACAAGGCGCAGAAGAACAGACAGUGAGAAGCACAGGGACUGUGACAAUCGAGGACCACAAUACUCUGAGAACUGUAGCCAGCCUGAAGGGAGCUCUCAGAUGUCCGGUGCUAUGGUUCCCAUGUGCUGCUCCAGCGCUUAACCUGGGGCACUCGAAGUUUUCAAAGCAAAGGACUACAGCCUCCCCCUAUAGACCAGUGACUGAGCAAUGAAUGUGAGCAGGGAGAAGGCUCCAGUGGACAUCUCCAUGCCGCAGUCCCAGGCAGCAGUUGUAGUGGAGGCUGUCUCAUGCAGCCUCCACGGGGAGAUCAUAGACAGCCAUGGUGAGCAGAGGCUGUCCUCCAACGACCUACCAGUAUUUGUCUGCCCCAGAGACAGACCAGGGGACAAUACCCCAGGGCAAGAGGGUUUGGUGGCAGCUCCUCCAGCCGUACACAGAACCACUUCUUUCUCUGUUCUGGACAUCCUGGACCCUAAUAAAUUCAACAGCAAACAGAGGCACUGCACAAUAGUAUACAAGCCCUCUAGUGACUUUAUUCUGAGGGCAGAGGACAAGCAUGAAGAGGCUGACAUUGACUUACCCAACCAGAAACCCUUCUUAGAAGACUUUGACAACUGUAAAAAGUCCCCGGAUGUUCUAAAGGAGACUGAGCAGCUGUACCCGCGGGCCGUGGAGGAAGGCCAGGGCCAGGAGGACUUCAGCCCCAGUCCGGGCAGUGACCUGGAGGAGGAAGAAGAGGAGGAUGAGGAAGAUGAGGAGCUCUGCAGUGAGGAAAGCAGCGGCUCUGGGCCCCUGGAAAGGGCCCCAGGGGCGGAGGAGGGACUGGCAGCUGAGGGUAACGCAUCUAGCCCGCAGGUGGGCUCUGGCAAGGGCCAGCAGCAGCAGGGCCAGCAGCAACAGGGCAAGCCCAAGAGGAAGCGCACGGGCUCGGACUCCAAGUCGGGGAAGCCCCGCAGGGCGCGCACCGCCUUCACCUACGAACAGCUGGUGGCGCUAGAGAACAAGUUCAAGUCUACGCGGUACCUGUCUGUGUGCGAGCGGCUGAACCUGGCCCUGUCCCUCAGCCUGACCGAGACCCAGGUCAAGAUCUGGUUCCAGAACCGCCGUACCAAGUGGAAGAAGCAGAACCCGGGGGCCGACACCAGCGCCCCCACAGGGGGCUCCAACCAUGGGGGAGGCUCCGCAGGACCCGGUAUGAGCGGCGGACUCAGCCCCAUGAGCCACUCCCCCACCAUGGGCAACCCACUGGGCAUGCAUGGGCACCCGGGCUACCCUGGCCACGGCCCCGGGGGGCUGAUGUGCGCGGCCCAGCUGCCCUUCUUGCCCGGACCGGCGGUUCUCUCCCCCUUUGUCCUGAGCUCUCAGUCCUAUGGAACCCCGGCUUUUUACGCCCACUCCCACCUAUAAGGAGCCCCUCACUGACUCUGACCCCCAUGGGAUGCCCCCAGACUGGGCAUUCUUUCCCCUGUGGGUUACAUUAACCCAAGCUGAUGGCCCAGAUGCUUCUGUGAUAUGUCCCAGCUAUUAGUGCCCAUGAGUGGGCAUUGGACCAUGCUUCAAACAAGUAAUGCAGAAGUGUACACAAAGUCCCUACAGUACAUUAUAUGCAUAUUACAAGUCACUGGAGCUCUGGGCCAUAUGGAAUGUAUAGGUCAAGGACAGAUCACAGAUACCCAUAGUCCAUUGGGCAUGGAUAUCUCAUCACUACAGUAGGGUAGGGGGCAUUUCUUAUAAUACACCAACUAUCUUGGUAAACCCCGAUAACAUUAUCAUAUAUUAGCAUACAUAUGUAUGUGUGUGUAGUAAAUAUAUAUAUA